AGAUGGGUAGGGGAACGGGGCGGGGCGCACCGGGCUCAAAUGCCGGCACGAGCAUCUCGUGCGGAGGCUGUCCAAAUCUUGCGAUUCCUCUUCGCAUCCCGCGCGCCAGCGCCAGCGCCAGCGCGACGCAGGCUUGACCUCCCCGGCGGCCUCCGCCUCCGUCUCGAAGCGCGGCGCAGGGCGUAGGGUUCUGCUAUGGCCAGUGACAAUGUGCUUGAGUUCGAGGAGGUCGCCAAGCACAACGUCACCAAGGACUGCUGGAUCAUCAUCGCCGGCAAGGUUUAUGAUGUCACACCCUUUAUGGAUGAGCAUCCUGGGGGAGAUGAGGUUUUGCUAGCUGUAACUGGGAAAGAUGCUACUGCUGAUUUUGAAGAUAUUGGCCACAGCGAUUCGGCUAGGGAGAUGAUGGAGAAGUACCAUAUUGGGCAGAUUGAUGCUUCAACCAUCCCAGUAAAGCGUACUUAUGUGAAUCCCCAGGAAGCUCCCAGCCACGUGGACAAGGAUAAUGACUUCCUCAUCAAAAUCUUGCAGUUUCUCGUUCCCAUUAUGAUCCUGGGACUUGCGUUUGGUAUCCGGCAGUACACCAAAUCGGAGUAGCUCAACUCGUAGAGGUUCACCUAUGUGAAAUGAUUUGGAUGAAAAUAAUGCAAUAACUGUGUAUUUGUCAUGUAGAAGAAUGUUAUCUCAUUGGCCAUAAGUACUCUGUACUAUGAACAUGUUUGUGCCCAAGCGUGUGUUCUCCCGUGAACUGAGAUAUGAGAUGAUAUCUGAAGCUUCCUUGAAAGCCGAUGCCAUAUA